CCAUCUUCUUCCCAUAACCCAUCUUCUUAGAACACCAUCUUCUGAAAACACGGGAUUAGGGUUUUCAAUUUGGGGAUUUGGAGGAGGAGGAAAAGGAGGGAGGGGGGAGUUAAAUCUGGAUGAAGAAGAUGAGGAGGAAGACGAAGACUCAACAAUAACAAGAACAAGAACAAGAACAACGAGCUGGGUUACUUGGAACAGUAGCGGAAGAAGAUCAUCGUCGAUAUCCUCUGCCCGAGGUGGUCUGUUUGUCAAGGGAGGAAUCGAAGUUCUAAGAACAACAAAUCUGGGUCGAAAUUUGCUUCUGAUUCUAAAUGUGGAUGUUGAAAGAAAAUGGAAUGUCAAUGCUGUAGGAUACCAUUCCCAUUUUGUUAAACUUCAGGGUUUUAUCCAUUAGAGUUGGGAGAUUGAAGCUAGCUAGAGUUAAGCAAGAGUAUUGCUGGGAGCUUAACUGAUAAUGGCGGGAUCACCAUCUGCUAGUGUAUCGAAGAAGACAAAGUCGAAGGAAAAACGUGCGAAGCAUAAGAAGACCAAGUCUUUGAAGUCACCAACAACAUCUUCAUUUUCUGAUGGAUCUCACUCAAAUAAGGGAAAGUCCAAAAAGAAAGAAGUUGAACCAACCGGGGGCCUAAAGUUGCUGAAGCGGCAUGCGGUGACUAUGUCACGCAUUACAAGCCGCAAGAAUCGUAUUCAGAAGAAGGUUGUUUUAUUUAACCGAAAAGGGACCCCUUGUGGGAAGGUGGCUAAGCAAAUGCAAAGCUACAUUGGUGUAUUGGCAAGAAGGAAAGUACCGAUAAUAAGGGAAAACUGGAAAGCGGCAACUGAUGAAGAGAAGAACAAAAUCUGGCAACGUGUUCAGGUUCCAUUUUUGAUUGGUCCUGAAGCUAAAAAAUUGGUCUUGGAAUCUGCUGCAACGAAGUGGAGGCAAUUCAAGUCUCUACUUACUUCCAAGUACAUUAUCCCCUAUUUGGAUGACCAUGAAGCCUUGCGAUAUCCUCCGGAUGAUUAUCCUUUCAUCCUUGCUGACCAUUGGACAGAAUUUGUGAAAAUGCGGACGAAGGCCUCAUUCUUGGAAAAGCGUCGUGAGCAACAAGAGAGGCGCAGCUUGAAUAAGUAUCCUCAUAGAAUGUCCCGUAAGGGAUAUGCAGGGUUGGAGGAUGAGUUGGCUACCGGAAUGAGUGACGAAGAAGUUGAUAGGGCCACUUUGUGGAUAAAAGGACGGCAAACAAAGGAUGGCAGUUUCAAGGAUGAGGAGUCAAAAAGGACUGCUGAAAAGAUAGCAAACUUGAAGAGAAAGGUUGCUAGUGGAGAACUAAAUGCUGAAGGGACAAAUGAUGUCUUGACAUUGGCUUUGGGGACUCCAGAGCAUGGGGGAAGAGUGCGUGGAAUAGGAGGUUUUGUCACUCCCUCUACUUACUUCCACCUCCCUAAACGUAGAAAGGAGAGCAUAGAAGCUACUGUCAGAGUUAGUGUGCAGAAAAUAUUGUUAGAGGAGAGAGAGAAGAUAGUAGAGGAGGCAAGGGAGAGGAUAAUUGAGGAAGCGAAAGAAAAAAUACUUGCAGAUGAGCGGGCUAUGUGGGAGGCCAAGUUUGCUGCACUUGAAGCAAAGGUAAAUGGAAAAGAAGGUGCAACUAUUCAGCCACAUGCAUCUGGCCAAGGAAGUUGCUCAAGGACAGUAGAUGAGAUUGCUCAAGAAUCGGAUAAAGCUCCGUUGGAAGAAGUAGCAAACAUUGUGGAUGGAACUAAAAUUCGGAGCAUUUUUGAAGCAAUGGAAAACAACACCCUCAUACAUAAAAGGAAACGGACAAAGAUCGCUAAGGAAGGUAGGUUGGAUAAACGUCCUUGCUCCAACAGAGGAGCCAGAGAAUGA